UUUCUUGUUGGCAAAGCUAAAACUAAAUCUGCGGAAUAAAGAGCUCUGUCUCUCAAAUUGCAGCCUUCAUUAUUCUCUAUUCGGUGGACCUCUGCUCCUUUCACCAUGCCCAAGCAGCAAGCUAACUGGUCUCCCUACGACAACAAUGGAGGAUCUUGCGUUGCAGUUUCCGGCGCCGAUUAUUGUGUAAUCGCUGCUGACACUCGGAUGUCGACGGGUUACAAUAUUCUUACCCGUGACUACUCAAAAAUCUGUAAACUAGCAGAUAAAUGUGUUAUGGCAUCCUCAGGAUUUCAAGCUGAUGUGAAGGCUUUACAAAAACAUUUGGCUGCUAGGCACCUGAUUUAUCAGCAUCAGCACAACAAGCAAAUGAGCUGCCCGGCAAUGGCUCAACUUCUGUCCAACACCCUUUAUUACAAGCGCUUCUUUCCUUAUUAUUCUUUUAAUGUCUUGGGUGGUCUCGAUAAUGAAGGAAAGGGUUGUGUCUUCACAUACGAUGCUGUUGGUUCCUAUGAGAAGGUUGGAUACAGUUCUCAAGGUUCUGGUUCAACACUUAUCAUGCCAUUCUUGGAUAACCAACUGAAAUCUCCAAGCCCGCUCCUGUUGCCUGUCCAGGAUGCUGUUACUCCACUUGCAGAAGCUGAAGCUGUUGAUUUAGUGAAAACUGUUUUUGCUUCUGCAUCUGAAAGAGAUAUAUACACUGGAGACAAACUGGAAAUUGUCGUCAUAAAUGCGGAUGGGAUCCGACGGGAACACAUGGAUCUCCGCAAAGAUUGAUGUUCUUCUACUUUGUUUUUUGAAUUGAACCAUCAUCUUGAUCUUAGAUUUCAGUUGGCUUUAUCUGGUGUUGGGAUGAUAAAUUUUGAAUCUUGGAUUCAUUAGU